CGUCACUGCGGGAGGAGGCAGGGCUUUUCCCCGGGCGCCUGGUUCCAGCAUGUGGAGGCCCCGAGCAGCUGCGGUCCCUCUGGCUGCAUGGAGGAGGGUCGCAGGCUGCAGAGCCAUUGGGGGCCCCGGGAGAAGGACCCCCGCCUCCUCCUCCUCCUCACCUUUCCAACCCAAGCAGCAAAAGGAUUCUUCUUCACGAUCUUUGGACUCUUUUCUGAUGGCGAAAGCCAAGCACAUUCAGCUUAUAGGUGUAAGACUUGCAGGGACUCUCAUUGACAAAAGCUCAUUAGAUGAAACAACAUACGAAAAGCUUGCUGAGGAAACUCUAGAGUCAUUGAUGGAUUUCUUUGAUGAUCUGGCAGACAAGCCCUUUACUCCUGAAGAGUAUGAUGUGUCCUUUGGGAGUGGAGUAUUAACAGUCAAACUGGGUGGAAACAUGGGAACCUAUGUGAUCAAUAAACAGACACCAAAUAAGCAGAUAUGGCUGUCCUCUCCAAACAGCGGCCCAAAGCGUUACGACUGGACUGGGAAAAAAUGGGUGUAUUCUCAUGACGGCAUUUCACUUCAUGAACUACUGGCAAAGGAACUUUCAUUUGCAUUCAAAACCAAAUUGGACUUAUCAACUUUAGCAUGUGCGGGACAUGAACAUACUUGAUAAUAUCUCAGAAAUUUAAAAACUUUGAAAUUUGUUCCAUGGUCUGUUUCGCUCCAAUUUUUGGAUGUCAAUAUAACUUGAAUUUUUUUAAAACACUUGAUGAAGGUCAUUUUUAUUAAUGGAACAAUAUUGAAGUAUUUUUCCUCACAUGUUCCCAUUUUUUCUUUUGUUUGUGAUGUACCUUUUUUCCUCCUAACCUCUGAAUUGGGAAUGAGUAUUAACAGUUAGCCCACUGUCUUUUGGAAGAACUAAUCUCUGGUUGUAUCAACUAUUCUCCUUUAAUUGGAGAUUUAACUGAAAAAUCAAGCUUGAUUUAUGUAAACUGCGGAGAUUAUGAUGAUGAAAACCAUUUCCACCAUAUGAAAGUCUGCUUAUAGAAGCUGUGUUUAUAUUGGGCUUGUCGGCAAAUGCAGUGAGUACCAGUCCUACUGAACAGUUAAAACCUUGUGGUUGGGAUACUAUGAAGAGAAAGAUUUCAUUAUUGUUGAUUUUGGGCAUUACUGGACUAAUAGGGAACCUCUUGAAAGAAUGGUUGGAUUAGCAGCUCGUGGUUAAUGCAGUGUUUUGAUUUAUUCAGUACAUUGCUGAAAUCAUUUUAAGCAAAAUAGCCUGGCUUUUAGAGCUCUCCUUUCAUUCAAGAUGGGGAAUGAUAUCGGGCAUGUUAGAAAGGAAGGGAGCAACAGAGAAGCUUCCUAGUGCCCCAGCAUCCCCUUGACAUGAUUGUUCUGUGUGCGAUGAUACAGGAGACUGCACAGAAAUUAAGAAAAUAUCCUAUACUAUUCCACAAAUUCUCUCAACCUUCAGAAGCAGAUUUUCAGGGGUGUAUGUGCAGUGGAUGGAGCCCCAGGUGCCACAGUUGGUUAAACCACUGAGCUGCUAAGCUUGUUGAUCGAAAGGCUGCAGGUUCGAAUCCGGGGAGCGGCGUGAACUUCCACUGUCAGCCCCAGCUUCUGCCAACCUAGCAGUUCGAAAACAUGCAAAUGUGAGUAGAUCAAUAGAUACCGCUCCGGCGGGAGGGUAACAGUACUCCAUGCAGUCAUGUCAGCCACAUGAUCAUGGAGGUGUCUACAAACAAACAGCUCUUCGGCUUAGAAAUGGAGAUGAGCACCACCCCCCGGAGUCGGACAUGACUGGAUUUACCUUUACUGUGUGCAGUGGAUGAAAGGGAUAGGGUAGGUACACUAACUUCUAUGCCCAGAAGUUUUGUACCCCCAAAAUUACAGGACAGGCAGUAAUACCAUUAAACUUUAGGGUUAUGCUUUUGGGGUAAAUCUUGCCCCGUUUUGUGUCCUGGCUUUUGCUGGGGGCCCCAAUCUGUUUUUUGGAAGCUUCUCAAACUCAAGAAGGUAGAUAUUUGUUUUGGGGGCCCCAAAAUUAGACCAUUCCCAGCCACUGGCUCCCCUUCCCAGUGCAUGCUUUACCUGGCACCUGCUGUUUCUACUGUAGAGUGAGAGGCACUCAUGCUUUCCGGGCCUGCCUGCACGCCACACACGCACUAUACUUGGAAAAAGAGUGCAUGUGUGGUGUGGCAUGCAGACAGGUCCGGAAAACACGUGCACCCAAGUACCUGCAGCCGAGUGCCUUUUAUUCUAAGAGGCGCUCGGCUACAGGUAUGCACCGGGCCUGCCUGCAUGCACCUCCACACCUGCAUUCUCUUUUCAAGGCAAGGAGGCAAGUUCGGCUGCAGACAAAAUCAGGCUUUCAUGUAAAGCAGAUUUUCAUGAAGGGAGGGGGCUUCCAGUUCCGUGCUCUUGAAAAAACUGAAGACACAAAAGAAAUUGUAGGAACAGUAGGAACUAAUUCCACACACAACUCUACUAAACAUCCAACAAUAGGCAGAAAAAACAUAUAAAGCCUAACCCAGGGGUCCUCGAACCUUUUGAACAGAGGGCCUGAUCACAGUCUCUCAAACUGCUGGAGGGCUGGAUUAUAAUUUGAAAAAAAUUAAUGAAUUCCUAUGCACACUGCACAUAUCUUAUUUGUAGUGCAAAAAAACACUUUAAAACAAUACAAUAAUUAAAAUGAAGAACAAUUUAAACAAAUAUAAACUUAUCAAUGGGAAGUGUGGGCCUGCUUUUGGCUGAUGAGAUAGGAUUAUUGUUGUUGUUGUGCGAUUUCAAGUAGUUUCAGACUUAGGUUGACCCUGAGCGAGGGCCGGGUAAAUGACCUUGGAGGGCCAUAUCCGGCCCCUGGGCCGUAGUUUGAGGACCCCUGGCCUAACCUAUAUAAGGUGGAUCUCUGUCCAUAAAAUCUCAGACUUUUUUCAGAAAAUCUGACUCAACUGUUGAAAUGCCACUAUUCUAAUUGUAAUUUCCAUAAGAUUGAACAAUAAUGGCAGUGAGGCAUACGAGAAAUCUAGUUCUGGAAGGGGUAAACUAAAAACAAAUCACUGCAACAAGACUUUCACAUGAAAUGCCCGUGAUAGUGAUUGCGUUAAACUAUUUCACUGAAGAAAAACCUGGUAUAGGAUCUUUCUAUACUUAUAUAUGAAUCUUAAGAUUCUUGCUCUAUUCAGAGCAGAUUAAUUUUAGCUUUUAAGAAAGUAGAUUUGCAAAAGUGUUCAGCUGAACGCUUGAUCUACAGAGCUUUUUUCCUUUGCAAACUUAUUUUCCAAUCUUUGCCAGGGCUCUAAUCAUGUCGGUGCUUGUUUGAUAUUUAAACGUCUCUCUGUGCAGUGCAAAGUUCAACAAAAAUUCAAGAUCCUUCCCCCAACUUGUUAUUGUGAGGCAAAGCAAAGUAGGAACAAGAUGUGAAUACCCCAUUUUUUUCUUUGUUUCACUUUAGGAAAAUCAGAUAUUGGUGUCCUGCUAUUUAAGAUUAGGAAAGGCAAAAGAACGGCUUAAGGCGCAGACUAAUUUAGCUUUUAAAGGCUUUUUAAAAGGUAGCAACUACUCAGUCUGCAUAUCCAACUUUAAACACUGAAAGCCUCUGCUAUUUCUUCCCACCAUUUCUCAAGACUUUUUAAAACGUGAUCAAAGACAAUAGGGAAGCAACCCUCUUUCUCUCAAAAUCCAAUAGUAAUUUCCCACUUUAGAAGAUUAGUGAUGAGAAUACACUACUUAAAAUAUAUUCUCUGGUAUAGUUUAUGAGAAGCAGAGAUAGACAGAAAGUUGAUCAGCAUCUACUAAUAGAUCAGCAAUUAUUUCCAGUAAUUGUUUAACAAAAGCAUUACCAGAAGGACAUUUGCUUAUGACCUAAACAUUGCUGAGAUGAAAAAACGCACAUUUUUCUCUGGAAGAACAGUGACUAAUGUUCAGAUAUGGUCUAUGGAUUCUUAAGAUAUAUGUUUGUGUCACCUAGUGGAUCCUAGGGAUCUAGUAAAUAAAGAGAAAACAACAAA